AAAUGGCUAUGGCUUUUACACGCAUCCUUCGCAAUCUGAUAUACGUUUCAUAUCUGAUACUGGUUAUCAGCGUUUUGGCUCAGCAGCAGGAUAGCAGUCCUUGUGCAAUCACUGAUGAUGGUGUUGGGGUGUGUGGGUACAACGGAAUCUGCCAGGUCUCCGGCCUUUCAAGUAAUUGCACUUGUCCUCCUGGAUUCGAUUUUGUGGACCAGGGUAACUACUCAAAGGGAUGUUUUCAGAACAUAUCCCGGCACCAGAGCUGCAGUGUCACUGGCGUGAAAAUGCAAAAGAUUGAGCAGAUAGAUUGGCCUAACAAUGAUUACUGGUACUCGAAUUCCACAAAUGAAACUGCUUGCCAGGAGGCAUGCAUUCAAGAUUGCUUUUGCACAGUGGCUAUUUACAACAAUGCUAGCGGCACAGAAUGUUGGAAGAAAGCAUUGCCUCUCAAAAAUGGCGGUUCAAGCGCUACACGAAUAGCCUUUGUGAAAGUCUACGAUGAUGGUCCUCCCACGCAGUCAAAGGAAAGGAAGGAAGGGAAGGGGCUAAUGGUUAUUGGCAUAAUUCUUAUGGUUUGUUCCUUUGUCUUUGCAGCAAGUUUGUUAUUUAUUUGGAUGUAUAUAUGGCGACCCAAACUGAGAUACUUGCAAGAGAAUCAUAGGGUUAAUCCGGUGGGGAUGAAAGCAUUCAGUUAUCAAGAGAUAGAGGUUGCAACAGGAGGCUUCAAGGAAGAAGUAGGAAGAGGCGCCUUCGGGAAGGUCUACAAGGGAGUCUUAUCUGACGGACGAGCAAUUGCUGUGAAGAAACUUGACAAUCAGCUCUCUAAUGGUGAUCAGAAAGAUGGAGAAAAGGAGUUCAGAUUAGAGAUGGGUAUCAUCGGGGCAAGCCAUCACAAAAAUCUUGUUCAACUCUAUGGUUUCUGCGACCAGGGCUCCCACAGGAUUUUGGUGUAUGAGUACAUGCCCAAUGGGUCUCUGGACAGAGUUUUAUUUAAGGGCACAGGCAAUCUUGAUUGGGAACGGCGUGUUCAGAUUGCACUGGGAACUGCCAGAGGAAUCCUCUACUUACAUGAAGAGUGCACGACUCCAAUACUCCACUGUGAUAUAAAGCCUCAAAACAUCCUCUUGGAUGAAAAUCACAAUGCUAAGAUAGCCGAUUUUGGAAUAUCAAAAUUGAUCGGUUCAGAACAAACAAGAACGUUUACUGUGGCCCGCGGCACCGUCGGGUACAUUGCUCCUGAGUGGCAGAAGAGCAUGGCAGUUACGGUGAAAGUGGACGUGUAUAGCUUCGGAGUGGUAAUCUUGGAAAUUAUAUGUUGCAGGAAAAUGUUCGAAUUGCAUGUUCCAGAAAACGAAAUGAUUUUGUCUGAUUGGGUGUAUGAGUGCUUCAAAUAUGGGAGUCUUUUAAAGUUGAUGGAGCAACAAGAACGCAGAGGUAUUGAUGCAGCACAGUUGGAAAGAAUGGUGCUCGUGGGGCUCUGGUGCAUUCAAGAGGAUCCUAUUCUCAGGCCAUCAAUGAAGAAAGUAGUUCAGAUGCUUGAGGGAACGAUUGAGAUUAGAGUGCCUCCUUAUACAGGAUCUACAUAAAACUAGUGGUCCAAUUUCUUCUUUGUCGGUGUGGCAUCUGACCGUUAAUUAGUGAUAGUUGUAUACGUUUUUAAAAUUCUAGAGCGGACUAUUUCUUGGUCUCGCCUUAUUUAGGGCUUUUUGUCUAAAAUGUUUGUUUUCAGGAAGCAACAGCCAAUUUUUCCUUAAUAAAAACAACUCUA